CGCGUGCUGCCGGCGGGAGGAGCGAAGCGGGGCUCGGCCGGCUGAAACCCGAAACCUCGCGUCCCGGGCGCGGCGCGCAGGGAGGAAGCGGCGGGGAGGCGGCCGGGCCCUGAGCAGCCGCGGCGCUUCGGGAAGGGAGAGCAUCAGUUCGUGCCCUGGACUCAGUCGAGGAGGGCCGCGCCCCCUGCGGCCCGCUCAGGAAUGAGGGUAUGGAACGCAGCAGCUAAGACUCUCGGCUGGAAUCCGUGAGGACCAGCUGCCUUCAGAUGAAGAUGUAGAACUCUCGGCUCCUCCUACACCAGGCCUGCCUGGACGCUGCCAUGCUCCUGCCUUGAGGAUAAUGGACUGAACCUCUGAACCUUGGUCCCAGCAUGCUCUGCUCACCGCAUCCCGAGGCGCACUGACCAUGAGCCUCAACUCCUCCCUCAGCUACAGGAAGGAGCUGAGCAACCUCACUGCCGCAGAGGGUGGCGAAGGGGGCGCUGUCUCCGAGUUCAUCGCCAUCAUCAUCAUCACUGUCCUCGUCUGCCUGGGCAACCUGGUCAUCGUGGUCACCUUGUACAAGAAAUCCUACCUUCUCACCCUCAGCAACAAGUUCGUCUUCAGUCUGACCCUGUCCAACUUCCUGUUGUCCGUGCUGGUGCUGCCGUUCGUGGUGACCAGCUCCAUACGGAGGGAAUGGAUCUUCGGUGUGGUCUGGUGCAACUUCUCUGCCCUUCUCUACCUGCUGAUCAGCUCGGCCAGCAUGCUGACCCUUGGCGUUAUUGCCAUCGAUCGCUAUUACGCUGUCCUGUACCCAAUGGUGUACCCCAUGAAGAUCACAGGGAACCGAGCUGUGAUGGCUCUUGUCUACAUCUGGCUUCACUCUCUCAUUGGCUGUCUGCCACCCCUCUUUGGCUGGUCAUCGGUGGAGUUCGAUGAGUUCAAGUGGAUGUGUGUGGCCGCGUGGCACCGGGAACCUGGCUACACCGUUUUCUGGCAGAUCUGGUGUGCCCUGUUCCCCUUCCUCAUCAUGCUAGUCUGCUAUGGUUUCAUCUUCCGGGUAGCCAGGGUCAAGGCCCGAAAGGUGCACUGUGGCACGGUGGUCACUGUGGAGGAAGACGCCCAGAGGAGUGGGAGGAAGAAUUCUAGUACCUCCACUUCCUCCUCUGGCAGUAGGAGGAAUGCCCUUCAGGGAGUGGUCUAUUCCGCUAACCAGUGCAAAGCCCUCAUCACCAUCCUGGUGGUCAUUGGCGCUUUCAUGGUCACCUGGGGCCCCUACAUGGUUGUCAUUACCUCAGAGGCACUCUGGGGGAAGAACUAUGUCUCGCCAACCCUGGAGACUUGGGCCACGUGGCUGUCCUUUACCAGUGCUAUCUGCCAUCCUCUGAUCUACGGACUCUGGAACAAGACUGUUCGCAAGGAGCUCCUGGGCAUGUGCUUUGGGGACCGUUACUACCGGGAGUCAUUUGUGCAGCGACAGAGGACCUCCAGGCUCUUCAGCAUUUCCAACAGGAUCACAGACCUGGGUCUGUCCCCACACCUCACGGCACUCAUGGCAGGCGGACAGUCCCUGGGACACAGCAGCAGCACUGGUGACACAGGCUUCAGCUACUCUCAGGAUUCAGGGACAGAUGUGAUGCUACUGGAAGACGGUGCUUCUGAUGACAGCCCUCCCCAGCACUGCACUUGCCCGCCCAAGAGGAGGAGCUCCGUGACAUUUGAGGACGAAGUGGAACAGAUCAAAGAGGCUGCCAAGAACUCUAUUCUUCAUGUGAAAGCUGAAGUACACAAAUCCUUGGACAGUUAUGCAGCCAGCUUGGCUAAAGCCAUUGAGGCUGAAGCCAAAAUCAACUUAUUUGGGGAGGAGGCUCUGCCAGGGGUCUUGUUCACAGCACGGACAGUCCCGGGGGCGAGCUUUGGGGGCCGUCGAGGCAGCAGGACUCUUGUGAAUCAGAGGCUGCAGCUACAGAGCAUCAAGGAAGGGAAUGUCUUAGCUGCAGAACAGAGUUGAAGGCUCUGAGGGGACUGGGGCUGCAGUGGAGGAGCUACUGGUACUGGUGCCUGUGCCAAGACCCUGGAACAUGUCACCACGCAGAGAGGGCCCAGAUGCCGGGAAGGAAACAUCUGGUACGCAGCCAGGAGGAUCGAAAGUACUGUCUCUAGUCUCUGAUGUCAGCUGUCUGCUGUAAAGGCAUACGUGGGCUGCUUCAGGGCUCCUGGGAUGGAACGAGGCUUCCCAAGCAUACGUUAGAAGCAGAUGGAGAUGUGGCCGGGGUUUCAGGAAGACUAGAGACAGUGGAUGUGAAAGGGAAGCCACCAUGAGGAUCUUGUCUUCAUCAGUAUCCAGCUGGUCUAGCGGCCCCUGGUCUCAGUGAGGCCUCUGAGGCAAUCCCUACUCAGUGCACCUCCUGGGGACAGCACAGCUCUCCUUAGUACUGUUAGACCACCUAGGGGCUCUGUGUGGUUGAUCCAGACAUUGUGGGGCCACAUGUGCUAGAUUAAAUGCAAAAACAGUCCCGAGAGCACUCAGGAGUAGAGUACCCUACAUAGACAUCCCAUAUCUACUGCCCUAGUUAGGACUUGGCCUUUGGUGGCACCUGCUGCUGGCCUAUAGAAACAGCCCAAAGGCCACCCAAGAUGUGGCCACCCCACCCCCUUCCUUGUUGACAGAUUUUUAUUAAUAUUAUUAUUUGAAAAGACAGGAGAAACCACUAUAAAAGACAAGGGUGAGUACCAGGCGUUUCAUUUCCAGAAUAAUAAAACCUGGAGAUUAGGGCAUAUCACGAAGACUGGGACUGUGAGGUCAUGCACAGCUGGGGAGAAUUUGAGGGGAAAUCCCUCACACAGGAGAUAUGGGAGAUGCUUGAGCAACUGGCAGACAUAGUUGGCCUCACUUUCCAGAGGCAGUUGUGACUGUCAUUGCAAGUUUGGGGCUGGCACAAGGUAGAAAGGGCACUGGACCUGAGUUCAUAGCCUGGGUUCUUGACCCAGCUUGGUUUUUGUCUGCAUGUUGUCUAGGACAUUCUGUCCUAUCACUAGGCCAUUUGGAGAAAAGAAAGGUGUGAGGAGUUGGAACAAGUUGCCUCCAAGACAAUUCCAGCUCUGAUCUUUGAUGUCUUCUGAAUCUGUAAGAGAUGGGGACAAACUGAGCAUGACUGGAGGGAGACCCAGCGUCUGCAUACUGUUGAGGGCGUGCCCAGUGAGCACAGGGAGAGCCACCUUCGUGCUGUGGCCCUGGUGUCUGCACUGCUUGGCUGUUUAGGGAGAUCCUAAAUGCUGACUACUGAGACGCGGGUACUGAAAACCUUCCAUAGGCUUGGCUUGCACCUUUGGGUGCUUGAUUCUGUUACCUACUCCAGGUCAGCUGUGCAGGGGAAUGGCAGGAUUUUGGAUGGAGUGACAGGACAGGACCUGCUCUCCUGGCAGCACCUGUCCUCUCUGUAUUCUGUUCUGCUUUUCUAGUACUUGUCUGGUGUCUGGAGGGACCCUAUUCCCAAUUACCCAGUAAGCACUGAAGUGGAGCAUGCCCCCUAAGUACAGGUCGUCAGUGCAAAGGAUAGAGAGCUCUUCCCUGAUUGCCCAGGGCUUUAGAAAGGAUGCUGAGGCCUCUGAACCCUACUGGCUGACCCCAGAGUCACCAGUAUUCAAGAAGAGAGCUGAUCUAGAAAACUGAAUUCCACUCCCACCCCUUUUAAAGAAGCGAGGCCUACUCAUCUGCCUAACACUGCAGAACUGUCAGCACAUCAGUCACCGAGCACUGGGGGAGAAACACUGGUGUUUACCAGAGCAGAGGGCAGGAGUCCUGAUGCUGAUGCUGUUGGGGAUGCAGAGCAUCAGGCAGUGAUAAUGGCACUGUGGCUACUCAGGGUCUGAGUACUCCAGCUAGGGUGCUAGGGUUGAGCCAUUGGGCGACCAUCUGGGACACGUCUUGGGAGGUUUUUAGGAUCCAGAACCAUGGUUUUACAUAUUCAGGCAUUCUGAUUUGCCCAACAGAGCUAGAGAGAAGCAGGCUGGAAAGAGAGGGAGAGGUAGUUCCAUAUAGGCUCUUUUGUCCUCUUUGGAGGACACCCGUGUUUUGUGCAGAUGUCCACCGUCCCAAUUAAACCCUGCCAUGUAAUGGCAAAAUCUGCUGCAAAUUACUGUGCAGUGGCAGGCCUGAGGCCUUCCCCAGGGGAACCACAGGUAGUGUAGGUGGGACGUUUGGCCACUUGUUUUGCUUAAAUACCUCAGUCUUUCUGAUUCUGACAGGAUCACUUGUAGGGCCAUGGCCCGUCUCCGCUGCUUCUUUACCAAGAUUUUACCCUCAUCUUGGUUCCUGUGCUGUGUUUGAUGCCAGCUGAGUGACCUGCUGCAUCCCAGAAGGCACUAGGUCCGGCACUGCAGUGUACACAGCUCAGCACCUCCUUUUCCCUGGCCAGACAACUCAAGUUAGAGUUUAAGACCUUAGGCAUUAGCAUGGCAGCAGCAUGGCUGUGGAAAGGACAAAACAAAGACCAAACCAACCAACCAGUCAAACAAAACAUGGUGGUUUGUUCCUCUGAGCCCUGGUCUCUAACCUUAUAGCUGAUCCUUACCUUCUAUGUGUGACCCCCUGUUGGAGUUCACUGGAACUACCUGUACUGAGCUGUGUGAUCUUAAACAAGUCACUGCUCCUGGGUCAGGCAGGGGGAAGGAUUGUAAAGACCACGGCCCGUUGGUGCUAAUGUUCGUAGAUUCUCAUUUGUAUAACGGACUCCAUCUUUCAGCCAAGAAUUAAACCAUCACCACCAAGACAAACUCGGUAUUAUCAGCAGAGCACUGUAGUUUGGGUUUAGACAAGAGGAGAACAGUGUGGACACAGCGAGAGAGCUUGCUGGUCUGUUGAGAUAGGAACCAUGCCUGCUUUUUCAAAUGGACAGUGUGCUCCUUAGACUUGCAGGCUAGAGAGACAUUUCUCAGUGGAUCCUAAGAUGAACUCAGGAAACCUGUCCAGCCUCAUUUCAUCUGUCUCCUGCCUGUCUGCAAGGAAUGAGGAUGAUGUGGUUAAACAUGAGGCAGCCAAGGACAGGCAUGUAUCAGGUCCCACUGUGUGCCUCACUUAAAACAGCUAAGAGCCUAUGAGGUGCUGGGCACUAUUGAAGACUUCAAACGCACCAUCUCCCUUUGCUUCGGGCAGAAGGGAUAGAGUCGGGAUGGUGCUGGUGUGUGAUGGCUGUGGGUUAAGAUUUCAGGUUGCCAACUACUAGCUAAGUGUUUGGGGGCAAAUUACUCAGUAUUCUUGCAUCUGUAAAAUGAAGUUUUGCAAUCUAUUUACACCUAGGGACACAGAAUCCAAAGAUACUGCCUGCAUAGGGUGCUUGGUAGACUACAGAAAUGCUCGUGGGGCGUCCAGCACAGGACGUAGGUGCAGGGAAACCUGAGCCACUGGUCUUGCUUCUCAGUGUAACUGAUGGGGCAGACUCCUUCCUGUUUUACAGGGAUCUCUAAUGCCAAGAACUUUCAAAAGACAUGCUGCCCAAUCCAGGGUAAUUAAUUAUGUUGAGAGUUGCUGCCUGCAGACUUGUUAUUCAGUACAACAGGACUUAAUGGAGAUGAAGGACUGCUGACAAGAGGCAGGCCAUAGUGGAGAAGCGGAGUGGGAUGUGGGGUGCAGGAGGUUAGUAGGAACAGAAAUGGGCUUCUCUAGUAGGAAAGUCUUCUUUCCACAUCAGUGGCCUGACUACACAAAAAAGAAAAAUUUCUACGUUACCCCGAAUUAAAGAUGAGUAUAUACUGUGGAGUAUAUUUCCAAUGUUGACCUUCCUUAUACCAGAAAGAACAUCCCACCCCACCCCAAUGCCUUUAGGUGCUGAGAACUGCUCUGUCUGGCAGGGACAGUGUCUGGUUCCCGGUUCCCAGAGCUCUUGUCUUCCAUGACCCUGGUGGAAGAUGUAGGGGCGGCAUAGGUGUCCAUCCGUGUCCCAGACUGUACAGAACCAGAGGAAGCCUGGGGAUGAAGAGGGAUCAUGGAUGUUGCCAGUCAUAGAUGGCUACAAGGAGGGACAGGUGGGCACUGUGGGGUGGGGAGAGAAACAAUGAGAAUCCAGAAAGGCCAUAGAAAAGCCAUGUCCCAAAAUGAAGUCAGGCCAAAUCACUAGGUCUUGGUCAUGAGGCUGAGAAGAUCAAGCCUGUAGCCAGAGGAGAAUGAGGCACAGAUGGGUUAAAAAAAAGUCCCAAUGUCAGGGGAUCAUCUAUUGGAAAGAAUUCAAAGCACAAACACUGAUCUGCACAAGAUUACCACAAGCACAAUCUUGGUCAAUGUAAACUGCGUUUAUUUAAAAAUGAAUUUGUACCAGCUCUGAAAAAAAAAAGAACUAAAACAGAAAUGAAUUUGUAAAAGCAGUAUUAAUGGCUUAGGAGUCAGUGGCCACUUCUGGUUUUCCUUUUGACACUAUCUGAAACACAAAAAAUCACAGUUGAGCUAGUUCCUUCCAAAGGAAAGGGCAGUCCCAGAGAAGUUGGGUGACACGACCAUGCCAAGUGUAGUAGCCUGUAUGCCUAGAAAUGGAUCUGCUGGUGGGCUAGACAUGCCCCAAAGUGUCCUUCCUGUGUGCUGUUCUGAUGACGUAUACCUGAAGGAAGACAUGGUUAAAAACUAAACUUCAAAAAUAAAUAAAAACCCAACCUAAUCCUGCAGUAUAUUUAACUUG